CAGCUAGGCCAGGCAACAGCGCGGCUGCCCAGGGCGCAGCAUGACGGCCAUCGGCGCACAGACCCAGAGGCUGUUGGGCCCUAAGCGGCCCCACCGGUCCUUCUUUGAGUCCUUCAUCCGAACACUCAUCAUCGUGUGCGCCGCCCUGGCUGUGGUACUCUCUUCGGUCUCCAUCUGCGAUGGCCACUGGCUUCUGGUGGAGGACCGUCUCUUUGGGCUGUGGUACUUCUGCACCAUCAGCAACCACAGUGGACCACACUGCCUGAGAGACCUGAGCCAGGCUCACGUGCCCGGGCUGGCUGUGGGCAUGGGCCUAGCACGCAGCGUGGCUGCCAUGGCCGUGGUGGCUGCUAUCUUUGGCUUGGAGCUGCUCAUAGUAUCCCAGGUGUGUGAGGAUGUCCGCUCACGGCGCAAGUGGGCCAUCGGUUCUUACCUCCUCCUGGUGGCCUUCAUCCUCUCCUCUGUGGGCCUCCUCACCUUCAUGAUCCUCCUCAAGAAUCAGAUUUCCCUCAUGGGCUUCACCCUGAUGUUUUGGUGCGAGUUCACGGCCUCCUUCCUCUUCUUCCUCAAUGCCACCAGCGGCCUUCACAUCAACAGCCUCACUCAGCCCUGGGACCAGCUAAGAAAAGUCUAAGGCUCCUCCUGGGGGCCCUGGCUUCUAUAAGGAAGUGUGGUCAUGACAGGACUUCUCUGACAUAGGACCUCUGGCUGGGAGUGAGUGGGACAAUGACCUUGAAGCUGCCUCUUAGACACUAAGCUCUAGAAAUGGCCCUUGGGGAAUCUUUUCAACUGCCCUCAAGGCCAGAGGCCAGAGGAGCACCUCAGAACCUUAGCACAGCAAGUUGUAGAGGUUAGCCAAG